AUGAAUGAUGAAGUUAUUAUUAACUUAGACAAUGUUGAACGUUCGUUUUCAACUUAUAAGUCUAGUUACAGUCAAAAGAAGGUCAAAUCAAUUUUUAAAUUCAAUAAAGCCUUAGGCAUUAAUGAGAAUUUAAAUAAUUUAUCCUUACAAGCAUUAGAUCAAACAUUAUUACAUUAUUAUUGUUAUAAAUCAUUAUUCUUAGAAAUAAUAGCACGUUGGAUUCAAUAUCCAGAAGAUUUUGAAACAGAGAUCAAAAAUUCAAAAAAAUAUAAGAAUUAUCAAAUUAAAGGAUCUAUAAUAUUACUGGCAUUAUCUAGGUUGAUCAAUAUAUCAAUAGAAUAUGUAAGUUUAUUUGAACAUUUUUUAAAUAAUUUCCAGUUUUUAAAGCAGUUAGGAAGUUGUACAACCCAUGAAUUGGAAUCCAUCUUAUUAGCAUAUUAUAGAUUAAUCAAGUUUGAUGUCAGUCGAUUUAAAAAAUACAUAAUACCAAAGGCAUUAUAUGAGAUUAUAAGGAGUGGUUCAAGUCAAGUAUCAAAGUUUUUAUCAAUUCAAAUUAUAUCCAUUUAUUUACAAGCAUCAGAAUUGUCAAAAAAUAAAAUGAUUGAUAUACAUCUUGAAGAUAAACAUAAUAUAAUCUCCACUUACGAAGGUGACAAAGAUAUCAAUUAUUAUUUUAUUGCAUUACUUGAAGCAAAAAGAGCUUCCAAUUUUUUAAGUUUACCACAGCAUAAUACAAACAUACCCACGAAAAACAACAUUAUCAUUAAAUCAUCAAAUUUAUCACCAUUAAUUGCAUCUGUAUGCGGAGUUUUAGUUCCAAAUAUUAUACAGGCAAAGUCAUCAGCUCAAGAAGUUUCAACUUUUGUUCCUACCAAAUCAGCAGUAGCUGCAUUGAGAAGCCUAGCUCAAAAUAUACAAUUCAACAAACCAGUACUAUUAUAUGGUAAAGCUGGUGCAGGAAAAACUUUUUUAAUUAAUCAAUUAGCUCAUUCCAUGUCAUAUACUGGUUCAAUAGUUAAAAUACAUUUAGGUGAACAAACAGAUGCUAAAUUAUUAUUAGGUACAUAUGCAUCAGGUGAAAAACCAGGUACUUUUGAAUGGAAAACCGGUGUAUUAACAUCUGCAGUACAAGAAGGUAAAUGGGUUUUAAUUGAGGAUAUAGAUAAAGCACCAACUGAAGUUUUAUCAAUCUUGUUAACUUUACUUGAAAAAAGAGAAUUAAGUAUACCAUCAAGAGGUGAAGUUAUAAGAGCCAAGAAUGGAUUUCAAUUAUUCUCAACAAUUAGAAUUUCUAACGAAGCAAGAAAAAGUUCUUUACCUGAUAUGAUUGGUUUAAGACAAUGGGAAUUGAUAAAAGUAGAAUUACCAAACGAAUCAGAACUUAAAAGUAUUUUAUACACUAAAUUUCCUUUAUUAUCAAAAUUUAUAUCUCUGUUUAUUAAAUGUUUUACUGAAGUUGUCAAAAUAUAUUCAUCCACAUCAUUUAUAUCGUUAAAUAAAGGAUCACAUCCUAGAGUUAUUUCAUUCAGAGAUUUGAUGAAACUUUGUGCUAGAUGUAAUAGAAUGUUCAUAAAUGAGGGUAUAACUCAACCAAAUCAAUUAUUAGAGACUACCACUUAUGAGAAUAUAUUUGCUGAAGCUGUAGAUUGUUUUGGAAGUUCCAUUACUGAAACCCAAGCAUUAAUACCACUCAUAAAUUCAGUUGGAGAGAGUUUAGAAAUUCCAACAUCAAGAAUUCAAUUAUUUUUGAAUAAACAUGCCCCUUUAUUUCUAAAUGAUGAUGAAAAAUUGAAAGUUGGUAGGGCAUUAUUGAAAAAAUCAUCAACAAGUAUAAAGAAAUCAAGUCAAUCUUCAUUUGCAAGAACUAAUCACUCACUUAAAUUGAUGGAACAAAUUGGAGUUGCUUUAGAAAUGGUUGAGCCAGUUUUAUUAGUUGGUGAAACAGGUACUGGUAAAACUACAGUUGUCCAACAAGUUGCAAAAUUGAUGAAUAAAAAACUUACUGUCAUUAAUGUUUCUCAACAAACCGAAUCUGGUGAUUUAUUGGGUGGUUAUAAACCAGUAAAUUCAAAAUCAAUAGCUAUUCCAAUACAAGAAUACUUUGAAAACUUAUUUAUAGCUACGUUUUCAGAAAAGAAGAAUGAAAAAUUUUCCAAAAUAUUAACCAAAUGUUUUAAUAAACGUCAAUGGAAAAAUGUGACCAAAUUAUGGAAAGAAGCAUUCAAGAUGGCUAAAGAUAUUUUAUCCGAACCAGAAUCUGAACCAGAAGAAGAUGGUGCACCAAGUAAAAAGAAGAGAAAGUUGAAAUCAUUUGAAAAAUCCGUAUUAUUACAAAAGUGGUUAGAAUUUGAAAAUCAAAUUAAGUCUUUUGAAAUGCAAUCAUCUACUUUAGAUCAAUCAUUUGUUUUCAAUUUUGUUGAGGGUUCAUUAGUUAAAGCUGUUAGGAAUGGUGAAUGGUUAUUAUUAGAUGAAUUGAAUUUAGCUACUUCUGAUACUUUAGAAAGUAUAGCUGAUUUAUUAGCUGAUUCAUUAGAUCAAAGAUCAAUUUUGUUAACAGAAAGAGGAGACACUGACUCAAUUAAAGCUCAUCCAGAUUUUAGAAUAUUUGGAUGUAUGAAUCCUUCAACAGAUGUUGGUAAAAGAGAUUUACCAUUAAGUAUAAGAUCAAGGUUUACUGAAAUAUAUGUACAUUCACCUGAUAGAGAUAUACAAGAUUUAUUAUCAAUUAUAGACAAAUAUAUUGGAAGAUAUACUAUUGGUGAUGAAUGGGUGGGUAAUGAUAUUGCUGAACUAUAUUUAAAAGCUAAAUCAUUAUCAGAUUCAAAUAAAAUUGUUGAUGGUGCUAAUCAAAAACCACAUUUCAGUAUUCGUACCUUAACUAGAACUUUAGUUUAUGUUUGUGAUAUUGUACCAAUUUAUGGUCUAAGAAGGUCAUUAUAUGAAGGUUUCUCAAUGUCAUUUCUUACUUUGUUAGAUGCUAAAUCUGAAGAAUUAUUGAAACCUGAAAUUUUCAAAUAUACAGUUGGUAAGAUGAAAAAUUCAAAUUCAGUAAUGAGUCAAAUUCCACCUGCUCCAACUAGCGGAGAUUAUGUUCAAUUUAGACAUUAUUGGAUGAAGCAUGGACCAAAUGAAAUUGUACCACAACCACAUUAUAUUAUUACACCAUUUGUUGAAAAAAAUAUGCUUAAUUUGGUUAGAGCAACAGCUGGUAGAAGGUUUCCAGUUUUAAUUCAAGGUCCGACAUCUGCUGGUAAAACUUCCAUGAUUAAUUAUUUAGCUAGUAUAACUGGUCAUAAUUUUGUCCGUAUCAAUAAUCAUGAACAUACUGAUUUACAAGAAUAUUUAGGUACUUAUGUAUCAGAUUCACUGGGUAAAUUAGUUUUUAAAGAAGGUAUAUUAGUUGAAGCUUUAAGAAAAGGUUACUGGAUUGUUCUUGAUGAAUUAAAUUUGGCACCUAGUGAUGUUUUAGAAGCAUUAAAUCGUUUAUUAGAUGAUAAUAGAGAAUUAUUCGUACCUGAAACUCAAGAAAUCAUAACUCCACAUCCCGAUUUUAUGUUGUUUGCUACUCAAAAUCCUCCUGGUUUAUAUGGUGGUAGAAAAAUGUUAUCAAGAGCAUUUAGAAAUAGAUUUUUAGAAUUAAAUUUUGAUGAUAUUCCACAAGAUGAAUUAGAAAUCAUUUUGAGAGAAAGAUGUAAAAUUGCUCCUUCUUAUGGUAAAAAUAUUGUUGAAGUUUAUAGACAAUUAUCAGUUCAACGUCAAUCUACAAGAUUAUUUGAACAAAAAAAUUCAUUUGCAACUUUAAGAGAUUUAUUUAGAUGGGCUUUAAGAGAUGCAGUCGGAUAUGAAGAAUUAGCAGCCAAUGGAUAUAUGUUAUUAGCUGAAAGAGUUAGAAAAGAAGAUGAAAAAGAAGUUGUUAGAAAAACAAUUGAAAAAGUUAUGAAAGUCAAACUCGAUAUGGAUGAAUAUUAUAGACAAUUGGAAUUUGAAAUUGAACCUAUACUAGAAAGUGAUGACUCGAUUGUUUGGACAAAAGCAAUGAGAAGAUUAGCGGUGUUAGUAUACACAUCUAUUAAAUAUAAAGAACCAUUAUUAUUAGUUGGUGAAACAGGUUGUGGUAAAACAACUGUAUGUCAAAUUAUUGCCAAAUAUUUGGAAAAGAAUUUGGUUACUGUUAAUGCUCAUCAAAAUACUGAAACUGGUGAUUUAUUAGGUGCUCAAAGACCAGUUAGAAAUAAAUUUGAAACUCAAAGUAGUUUAUUUAAUAAUUUAAUUCAAUUGUUUCAGGGACUAAAUAUAUCAUUGCAAACAGAAUUUACGUUGGAUAAUUUACUUAAUGAAUACAAAAGCAUUCACGAGAUACCAGAAGAAUAUAAUGAGUUAGUUGACAAGAUUAACGAAGAUAAGAAAAAUGUUUCCGUAUUGUUUGAGUGGAUUGAUGGUCCUUUAAUUAGAGCAAUGAAAGAAGGAGAUUACUUUUUGCUUGAUGAGAUUUCAUUAGCUGAUGAUUCUGUUUUAGAAAGGUUAAACUCUGUUUUGGAACCAGAAAGAAGUAUAUUAUUAGCUGAGAAAGGUACUGAUGAUGCAUUUUUAAUAGCAAAAGACGGUUUUGAAUUCUUAGCAACUAUGAACCCUGGUGGUGACUAUGGUAAAAAGGAAUUAUCUCCAGCUUUAAGAAAUAGAUUUACAGAAAUUUGGGUUCCAUCAAUGGAGGAUUUUAAUGAUGUUUAUCAAAUUGUUGAAUCAAAACUUUAUUAUAAAGAAUUAACAUCCGCCAUUGUCAAAUUUUCUGAAUGGUAUGCUAAGCAUUUCGGAGGUGGACAUACAAAUAAUGGUAUUAUUUCAUUGCGUGAUAUUUUAGCUUGGGUUGAAUUCAUCAAUUCUUGUACUAAAGAUGUUGAUCCAAAAGCUGCUUUAUAUCAUGGUGCUUCGAUGGUUUUUAUUGAUGCUUUAGGUACAAAUAAUACUGCUUAUCUAUCUGAAAAUGAACUAAAAUUGAAAAAGAUCAAAUCAGAAUGUACUGAAAAAUUGUCGGAAUUUGCAAAUGCUGAUUUAUUUGAAUUUGUUAAUGGUGAUAAUGCAAUUAUUGAUGAUUCAAAAUUUUUACAUAUUGGUUUGUUCUCAAUUCCAAUCAAUGAAAACUUUACUCAUAACAAAUCAUUCAAUUUAGAAGCUCCUACAACAGCAGCUAAUGCAAUGAGAGUCAUUAGAGCAAUGCAAGUUCAAAAACCGAUCUUAUUAGAAGGUAGUCCUGGUGUUGGAAAAACAAGUUUAGUAACUGCUUUAGCUAAAGCCACAGGCAACAAUUUAAUUCGUAUAAAUUUAUCAGAACAGACUGAUUUAGUCGAUUUAUUUGGUUCAGAUGCACCUGCUGAAAGUGGAAAAGCUGGUGAAUUUGUUUGGCGUGAUGCUCCAUUUUUAAGAGCAAUGCAAAGGGGGGAAUGGGUUUUAUUAGAUGAAAUGAAUUUAGCAUCUCAAUCAGUUCUAGAAGGUUUAAAUGCUUGUUUAGAUCAUAGAGGUGAAGCAUACAUUCCAGAGUUAGAUAAAUCGUUCAAACGUCAUCCAAAAUUUACUGUUUUUGCUGCUCAAAAUCCUCAAUAUCAAGGUGGUGGUAGGAAAGGUUUACCAAAAUCAUUCAUAAAUCGUUUCACUGUUGUUUAUGUUGAUAUAUUGAAGUCUCAAGAUUUAAAUUUGAUUUCACGACACUUAUAUCCUACUGUGAUCGCAGAAGAAUGUUCUAAAUUAAUCAAAUUCAUGUCAUUACUAGAAGAGGAAGUCAUUAUCAAAAAAUUGUGGGGUUCAUCUGGUGGACCAUGGGAAUUUAAUUUACGUGAUACUUUAAGAUGGUUAGGUUUAUAUUCUUCAGGUGAAAUUUCACAAGAAUUACAAUUAUCUGAUUUUGUUAAAAUGAUUGUUUGUCAAAGAUUUAGAAAUGCUGAUGAUAGAGGUAAAGCAUUAAAAUUAUUUGAAAAAGUCUUUGGUCCAAUUGCAAAACGUGAUAAUUAUUUCACGAUUUCAGAAUCAUUUAUUCAAUCAGGUGGUGCAUUGGUAAAACGUAAUGAUAUAUUACAAUAUGUUAGUGGUCAAAAUUUAUUACCAUUACAAUGUAAUUUUGAAUUGAUUGAAACUGCAUUUAGAUGUAUUGUACAUAAUAUUCCAUUGAUUUUGAGUGGGCCAACUAAUUCGGGUAAAACUGACUUGAUUCGUUUCUUAGCAACAUCUGUGGGAGCUAAAUUAGAUGAAUUUUCAAUGAAUAGUGAUGUGGACUCCAUGGAUAUAUUAGGUGGUUAUGAACAAGUUGAUUUAUCAAGGGAAAUGAACUCAAUAUUAGAUAAGGUGUUUAAAACAAUUAACGAAACGAUAGUGAUUAAUCUUGUACAUGAAGAAGCAAAUGAUGAUGCAUUAAUCAUGGCACUAGAUAUUUUGAAAAACAUAAGUGAUGACAGUAUUGAUUUAAAUAAUUAUAGUCAAUUUCAUGAUAAAUUGAUUGAGUUUUCACAAUAUCAUCUAUUACCAGAUUAUUUGCUCAAUCUGUCUGAAAUUUUAUUGAAAAAGUUAAAUGAAACAAAAACUGUUAAAUUUGAAUGGUUUGAUGGUUUACUAGUUAAAGCUGUCGAAAAAGGAAACUGGUUAAUUCUUGAUAAUGCAAAUUUAUGCUCACCAUCUGUUUUAGAUAGGUUGAAUUCAUUACUCGAAACCAAUGGUACUUUGAUAAUCAAUGAGUGCAGUUUACGAGAUGGUCAACCAAGAGAAUUAAAACCACAUCCAAAUUUUAGGUUAUUUUUAACAAUGGAUCCUAAGUAUGGUGAAUUGUCAAGAGCUAUGAGAAAUAGAGGAAUUGAAGUUUACAUGGAACCAUUAAAUAAAAGAGCUUCGUUCUUUGAUUCAAAAGUUUUGAAUAUUGCUCAAAAUAAAGAAGUUUUAUCUGAUGAUUUACCAGAGAAAAUUGAAGAAUUAAAAGUUCACCAAAGAUAUGUUCCAACAAGUUCAUUUGCCUAUAAUGUUGAUACAAAUAUGAGACCAUUUAGUUUAAUUGAAGAUGUCUUGUCAUUUAAGAAUGAUUCAAGUCUCAGUUCUUUAUGUAGUUUAAUUCCAAUGAAACUUUUUGAUAUUAUUGAACAAUGGAAAGGUUUUGUUGACAGCAGUACUGAAUUUGUUCAUGAAUUAUCAAGAUCAGAAAUUAUUGAGAACUUGAAAGUAUUUAUGGAAUCCAAUCUUUUUGAAAAAGUACAAACUAUGUACAACAAUUCAAAUCAUUCUGCUAAUCAAAUUAUUGGUAAAGAAGUUCAAUUUGGAAAACAUCAAUCAAGUCAUCCUCUGAUCAACAUGUAUGUAACAGCAUCAUUUGUUGAAUCUUAUCCAACCUCAAAAUCAUUUGAAGCUACAGCUUUUUAUGAAGUUAUCCAUGGAAUUGUUAAUUUGAACAAGACUUUAGUGAAAAUUGAAUUCGAUGCAAUGAAUAAGAAAAUUCAUGACUUGACUUUUAUUGAAUCAUCUGCAGCUUUUGUUUUGGGAAGAAAUAUUAAAUCACCUCCUAGAUUGCAUGUUUACAGCUUUAUUAAACUAGUUUAUGAUUAUGUUUGUUCAACUUUUUUGUCUAGCUUAAAUGAUCUUCUUUCAAAUACGAUAUAUGAACCAAUUUAUGAAUUAAUACAAGUCUGUAUAAGUUUCAUAGAAACAGCUCAUGAACAUAAUGAAUCAAAAUUAAGAAUUUAUCAAGAUCUUAUUGUAUAUUGGAGUCAAAAAUAUGAGAAUUUAAGUAUGGUAAAAACUAAUUUGAGUGAUUUAAAAUCAGCUGUAGAUACUUUUGGUGGCCAACUUCAACUUAAUACAGGUUUGUUAAUUAAUGAGAUUUGGGAAAAUUAUAGAGGAGUUUAUCCACAAAGUAUUGAAUCUUGGAACAAUCAACAAAAAUUGAUAAGCAUAAUUCAUGAAAUUGAUGUUGUCUCGAAAAACCAAUACCAUGAAUCUGUUGACACAGUAACUACUUUUGCAAUUUCAAUUGAACAGUUAUACAAAUCAAUUGUUCUGAAUGAUUACGAUCCUGAAGAAUUGAAUUUGGUUUUUGAAAAGAUCGAAGAUGGAGUUACAAAUUUAACUUCUGUUUCAGAUUCAUUUAUUACUAAACGUUUUAACAAAUUUAAAACUGACUUUGCCAUGAUUUCCAAUUAUAUAAAAGCAAAUAAUGGUGAUGAAGAUCAAUUGCUUGAAUUGUAUAUAUUUGCAAAUGAUUCAAUGAUGUCAUUAUUUAAAGGUGAUAAUAAUAAAAUUUAUCCAUCAGUAUUGGAUUCUUUAUGGUACAUGGAUGAAGGUAAUACAAAAUCUAGUGUUUCUACAUUAUUUACGAAUGAGUUAAUACUAUCAGUAUUGGAUAAAUCAAUAAAUUAUAAUCUAACUUCAGGUAAAUUACUUGAUCAAACAAAUGCUGAUUUAUAUCAACUUUCGAGAAGUUUGGUAAACCACUCGAACUAUAUAUUAAAGGAUCAGAAAGAAACAUUCGCUAAUUUAUUGAAAAAUUGGAUAUUAUCUGUUUUGGAAUCUCAAGGUAUUAAAGAAAUUUCAUUCGAUAAAGAUGUUUUAAAUAAUGCAGUUGCACAAUUAGAUUCCAAUGUUGCUACAAUAUUAACUAAGUAUAUAAUCGCUGCAUAUUAUUUACUUGAAAAGGUAGAUAAUGAAGUUCAAAUUCUUGGUAAAGCUUGGAUUUUGUUCUCUUGUGGUAUGAUUCAAUUAUUUGUUCCAAAUACUCCAUAUGAUCCAGCAAUUAAAGAAUAUGUCUUAUAUAAAGUUUAUGAAGAUCAAAAAGAUUCAGCAGAGAAAUUAGUUGAUUCGUGGAGAGUUACAAGAGAAGUAGCUAAUGGUGAUAAUGAAAUUUAUUUGGAGUCGACCUUGAGGAGACCAUCUGAUUUGACCGCACCAAGCAAUCCAAAGGUUUAUCGUGAUACAAAUACAUCAGCAAUAAAUAAUCUAUUUGAAGAAUGGAAUUCAAUUAUGGAUUCUUCAAUUGAUGUUGAUCAUGUGGAAAAAUUAUUAAAAUCUGUCUUAAAUUAUUCAGAAUUGACUGAUAAUAUGAUUCAAAUGUUUCAAAAUAAUACUUCCCAAUUUUUAUUACGAAUGCAACAAAAUUAUUUUGUAUUUUCAGAUUUAAAUGAUAUUUUACGUGGGUACAUUUACGGACUAAAAUUAGGUUUUGAUUUAAUUAAUAUUGACAAUCAUAAAGGUUUUUUCAACUAUUCAGCAGACUGGUCUAUGAAAGUUGCAGAUUUUACUUCAAUUGAAUCAGUUAAAAAAGUUUUCCCAGCCGCUAAGAAAUUCGCUAAAAGUAUUAGUGUUGAUAAUGCAAAUUCUGAAUUGUUAAUGUCCUACUUCAUGAGAUUAGCUUACGCUUCUAAAGAUGAUUUACAAUUUGAGUUGAUAACUCAAUCUAUUCAGUCAUUAUAUUAUAGAUGGUCACUUCGUAGGAUCAAAGAAGAAAAGGAUAAUAUUCAACAAGGUAGCAUGUAUAAGUACAAUGAUCAAGAAGAAGAUGCAGAACAAGACUUCAAAAACUUAUUCCCAGAUUUUGAAGAUGUUUUAGAUCUUUCUGAAGGUGUUAAAAAGAAUAAUAAAGACUUUGAAACAGUAUAUGAAAAUAUUGCAAGUGCAUAUAUUAAGGAAUAUUUGAAUAAAGAAGAUAUCAGUAUCAGUGAACUUGUACAAGAAGGCUGUGAACUAGUUGGUGCAUUGAAUAAUUUUGAUUUAAAACUUGAUCAAAAUGAUCCAUCAGCUUUUGCAUCAUUGCUUGAUUCAUUAUCAAGAACUCAAAGUAAAUUUACUAAAACAUCUCAUGAUUUUAAUUUCUACCAAGAAAGUAAUAUCAUUGAAGUUAAAAAGGCAAAUGGUAUAAUGACUAAUUUAAUAGCAUCAUCGAGAAAAUUAUUAGAUCAGUGGCCGGAACAUGCAACAUUAAGAAAUAUUGUUUUUGCAACCAAUGAGUUUUUAUCAUAUCCAAUUGGAUUACCAUUAGGUAGAUAUUUACAAAAAUUAGAACAAAUUUAUACUUUUAUCGCUGAAUGGCAAAAAUAUGCUUCAAGUCAAGUUUCACUAAAGGAUCAAUUUGAUAUUUUAACUAAUUUAAUUGUAUCAUGGAGAAAAUUAGAAUUAUCUACAUGGAAAGCAUUAUUUUCGUUUGAAGAAAAAGCAGUCGAGAAAAAUAUUGGAAAAUGGUGGUUCCAUUUAUUAGAAGUGAUUAUCAUUCCAAUGUUGAGUGAUGAAGAGAAAGAAGAAGAUUCAAAAGUUAAAAUUUUAUCAGCAUUGAAUGUGUUUAUGAGUAAAGUUAGUUAUGGUGAAUUUAAUGUUAGAUUGAAUUUAUUAAAAGCUUUCAAGAAUCAUUCUAAAUCAAUUGAUGAAAACCAUGCAAUAGUGGAUGCACUUUCAAAUUUCAUUGAAUUUUACAGUCAAUUUGAAUCAACUGUGUUUAACAAUAUUGAAAUUGUCAAAAAACAAUUGGAAAAAGAUGUUAAUGAAGUGAUUUUACUAGCUAGCUGGAAAGAUGUCAAUAUAGAUUCUUUGAAACAAAGUGCAAAAAGAUCUCAUAAUAAUUUAUAUAAAGUUAUCAAGAAAUAUCGUGCUUUACUACAUACACCAGUGCAAUCAAUUAUUGAACAAGGAUUAUCAGUUGAUAUCAAACCUGUACUUGGUCAAGUUGAAAUACCUCUUACAAAAGAAUUAAUAGCAGAUCCUGAAGAAAUAUCAAUUGUAAAGUCAAUACCAUCUUGGAUUGAAAGACCAUCAAGAUUACAAAAUAUAGCAAUGGUUGAUAAGAAUAUGAAAGUUUAUAUUGAUCAAAUUUCAAGUGAAGAAUUGCCACAAUUAUUAGAAUUUGCUGAUGAAUUAGUUUCGGAAAUGGAGAGAUUGAAAAAGGAAACUCCAAGUGUUUUAAAAGAAGAUAAUAAGAAAAUUGUUGCAAAUUUGAAAACUCAAAAGAGAAAACUUUUAAGUGAUACAUUAAAAGAUUUAAGACGUGCUGGUUUGAAAUUAAGGUCGCGUUCUGAUAUUCUUUCAACUCAAGGCUCAGUUAAUUUAAUUCUUGCAAAUUCAAUUUCAUUUGACGACAGUUUAGCUAAUGGAUGUGAUUCAUAUUUUUUCAGAAUCUUAGAUCUUUUACCACGUUUAAGAUCUUCAGUAACAACAACUGCUGAAGAUGUUCCACAAGUUGAUGUUGAAAAAGGUCUUGCAGCUGCUGAAAAUUUAAUUCAUUCAUUAAUUGUAAAUAGAGUUCCAUUAAAAGAUUUGGCUGUAAAUUUUAAGGAGAUUGAUGGUUUAUAUUCAAAAUUUUUCAAUAUUGCCAAGUUGAAAAAUAAACAAGAGAUUUUGCUUCCAGUUUCUGUCAAGGAUUCAAUCGAAAUUCAAUUGGAAUCUAUCGAGAAGAUUGUAUUCUGGUUACCUAAAUUAUUGGACUACGCUAUUGAAACUAUAGUAUCAGUCAAUACAUUUUCAUUUAAUUUUAAACCAGAUUUAUUUUAUAAUUUGAAACAAGAAUUAUCAAAUUUGAAAAGUGAAUUAGAUGUAAGUUUACUCACAAAUCAAGUGGAAGUUUCGGUUCAAAAGUUUUUAACAUUUGAAGAGAAUUUGAUUACUAGAUUGAGAAAAUGGCAAAUAGAAAACUCAAAAAUUUCCUUUAUUGGAGAUGUUAUAUUGAAUUGGUUUAAUAAUGUUGUUGAAACCAAAUAUAACUUAUCAAAUCCUGAAGCAAAUAGUACUAUUACCUCAAUUGAAAAAGAAUAUAGAGAUUUAUCUACUGCCAUUAUUGUUGCUGUUCAGAAAACGUUGGCUUGUCAAACUGAAGAAAUAUCAAGAGAUGAUGAUUUUUGGUUAAUUUCAUCACAAACUAGAGUUGCUCAAUACAUGAAAAACCUACACAUUAAAUCAAUCAUUUCAAAAUUGAAGAAUUGUAUUGAAGCAAGUUUAAGAUUAAAUCAUAACGAAGAAUCUUCAAAUUUAGUAUCUGCAUUGGCUUCAUUUACUUAUCCAUUACUUAAUCAUUAUUUCAAACUUUGUUCAAGUAUAUUUGAAAAAGCAUAUUCAAAUUAUUCCAAUCUUUCCAAAGCUGCAUUUAUAUUAUCAAAUUCAUUAUAUACAUUAGCUACUAAAGGUUUUUGUUCACCAGAACACCCCCAAGAACAAAAGAAUGAUAAUAAUUUACAAGAAGGUACUGGUUUAGGUGAUGGUGAAGGUAUAAAUAAUAAUUCAAAUGAUGUUCAAGAUGAUGAAGAUUUAACAGAAGAUGCUCAGCAAGCAAAUCAAGAUCAAAAGGAGAAAGAUGAAGGUGAAGAAAAUGAGAAUGAUGAUGCAGUAGAUAUAGAAAGUGAUAUGGCUGGUAAUUUGGAAGAUGCUUCUGAUCAAGAAAAUGAUGAAAAUGAAGAUAAUCAAGAUGAGCAAGAAGAUUUGGAUGAAGAAAUUGAUGAUAUAGAUGAUUUAGAUCCAAAUGCAAUUGAUGAAAAGAUGUGGGAUGAGGAAGCUAAAGAAGAUACAAAGGAAAAAGAUGCUGAUAAAUUACCAGAUUCCUCAAAUAAAGACGAAAAUAUAGAAGCAAAUGAAAAUGAAAAUGAAAAGAAACAAGAGCAAGAUAAUAAUAAUGAACAACAAGGUGAAGAAGAACAACAAGAAGAAGGUGAUGAUAAUGAUGAGGAGUUGGAUGUUGGGGAACAAGAAGAUGAGGUUAAAAAUCAAGAAAAUGAACAAUUGGAUGAACAUGUACCAGAAACUGAAACAUUAGAUUUACCAGAAGAUAUGAAUUUAGAUGGAGAUGAAGAAGAAGAAGAUCUAAAAGAUGAAGAAGACCAUAACGAUGAUGACAAAUUAGACGACUUAAUGAAUGAUGAUCAAAAUGAAAAGAUUGAGUCUGAUAAUGAGGAAAAUAAUGAGGAAACUAAUGAAGAACAAUUAGAAUUAGAUCAAGAUAAUGAACAAGAAGAUCAAGAAAUGGAAGAAGAAGAAGAAACUAAAGAUCAAGAGGUGAAUGCUGAAGAAAAUGAAACCAAUGAAGAAGUUAUAGAUUCAGAAGAUGAAACUGUUAAAGAAGAUAAGACUAAUGAAAAAGAAGAAGGUGGAAAUGAUCAAGAUGAGGAAGAACUUAAUGCUGAAGGUGUAGAAGGUUCAAAUGAUAUUGAUCCAAAUGAUAUAGAUAUGGAUGCUGCUACGAAACAAGAAACUGGAGAAAAAGGUGAAGGUGCAGAUAAUCAAGUUAUGGAGGAAAAUGAUGAUUUGGGAGCUGCUGGUAAUGCAUCAUUGGAGCAACAACAACAAGAAGAUCAAGAGGAUUCAGCACAACAACAAGAUGAAUCGAGAGAAAAGGCAAAUGAAUCUUUAAAGCAAUUGGGUGAUUCCUUGAAAGAAUUUCAUAGACGUAAACAAGAAAUCGUUGAAGCUAAAAAAGAAGAAAAAGAAGAAAAAACUGAAGAAUCGGCUAAUCAAAAGCCAGAAGAAUUCCAACAUGUUGAUGGAGAAAAUGCUGAUUAUGAUACACAAGCUUUGGGUGCUGCAGAUAAUAAAGACCAAGUGCGAUCUAUAGAUGAAGACAAAGCUAUUGAUGAUGAAGAUCAACUGAAUGAUAUUGAGAUAAAAGAAGAACCAACAAAGGAUGAAGUCAAAGAUGAAAAUAUGGAUGAAAUAGAAACAAAUGAAGAAAAUCCGGAUGUUGAUUUCGAGGGUGAAUCUAAGUCAGCUUUUAUUGGAGAAAGAAAAAGUGAAUUUAAAGAUACAGAAUUUGAAUUUAAUGAAGAAAUUGAAGAAGAUGAUGGUAUUGAACACAUUGAAAUUGACAAUAAUGAAAACUUGGAUGUUGAUGAGUUCGCCGAUUUACCACCAGUUUCAUUAGAUAAAGCUCGUGAAUUAUGGAGAAAUAGUGAAUUAGCUACUCAAGAAUUGGCUUCAGGUUUAUGUGAACAAUUGAGAUUAAUCUUAGAACCAACAUUGGCUACUAAAUUAAGAGGUGAUUAUAAAACAGGUAAACGUUUGAAUAUGAAAAGAAUUAUCCCAUAUAUUGCAUCUGAUUUCAAAAAGGAUAAAAUUUGGUUAAAAAGAACAAAACCUUCAAAAAGACAAUAUCAAAUUAUGAUUGCUGUUGAUGAUUCAAAAUCAAUGAGUGAAAGCAAAUCAACAGAAUUGGCAUUCCAUAGUAUUGCAUUAGUUUCAAAAGCUUUAAGUCAAUUGGAAAGUGGAGGAUUAUCAAUUGUUAGAUUUGGUGAAGAUGUUAAAGUUGUUCAUUCAUUUGAUAAACCAUUUAAUUCUAAUCAAGAAACUGGUGCAAAAGUUUUCCAAUGGUUUGAUUUCCAACAAACAAGAACUAAUAUGAAACAAUUGUGUAAUGAUUCAUUGCAAAUCUUUGAAGAUGCAAGAUCCACAAGUAAUACAGAUUUAUGGCAAUUACAAAUUAUUUUAUCAGAUGGUGUUUGCGAAGACCAUGAAACAAUUCUUCGAAUGGUUAGAAAAGCUAGAGAAGAGAAGAUUAUGAUGGUUUUUGUUGUUAUUGAUGGUAUAAAUUCAAAAGAAUCAAUUAUGGAUAUGCAACAAGUUAGUUAUGUUACAGAUCCAGUUACAAAUCAAAUGAAUUUGAAAGUUGAUAAAUAUUUAGACAGUUUCCCAUUUGAUUUUUAUGUUGUUGUUAAGAAUAUUAAUGAAUUGCCAGAAAUGCUUUCUUUAAUUUUAAGACAAUAUUUCUCAGAAGUUUCAUCAAAUAUGUAA